UAUCUAGCCUUGAUAAUGUAAUGAGUAGUGUGUAACUUUGAACUGUGUCAAAUUAAUUCUCUUUUUCUUAGCUUCAGUUGGCCUGCUAACACACUAAAUCUGCUAAACAUCACCAUAAUAGCAUUGUCAAUCCUAGCAUGGCAACAUGUCAUUGUUACAAGUCAUUGUGAGCAUGUUGCAAUUCUACUUUAGCUAGGUACAGGCUCACAGAACAGCUAGCAUGGCUAUAAACUUUGUCAGACUAUUUACUAAAGAUGAAGAAAAUGCUGAAAGCAAUUACAAACAAGCCAUUGAAAUAACUAGCUUAUAGAAAACAAAUGGUACAUCCUAUUGAAGAUGCUAUAUAUAUAUUUUUUUCAAUAAAUAUAAAUGCCCACCUGUUUUGCUGAGAAGACUGAAAAUUCAGACUGUGGAAAAGAUCAUAUGUCCAACAGUCAACUUUCCAAGGUUACAACUGCAUCUGUUCAGGAUUUUUUCUUUCAUGGGCAAAAACAUGGGCUAACAUUCAGGUUUGCUCUCAGAAUGAAAUAACAUUUAACAACUACCUUCUACCUACUGAAAAUCAGUUAAAAAUCCCUGCUAAAUUAUGACUAUAAUCAGUAUUAACGGGUUCAUGGCUCUAAUCACUCAAAACAAAACUGUUUUUAUCAAAUGAAAGACUUCUCUGUCGCUGUAGAUUAACUGCCGCUAACAUACUGAUGAUUAUGACCAUCAAAUACUGAUAAGGUUGCUUUAGAGUUAAAUGUUUACCCUCUUACAAUCUAAAAAUACUCUCUUAAAGUAAACAGAUUGUCUUAAAUGGUCAUUUUCAGUUGUUUCAGUGUUAUAAAACUUCUCGGCACCUGGAUACAUGCGUGCAUGUGUGAUAAUUUGACAGAAGCAAAACGUUUGGAGCCAGUCCAUAAUGAGUCCUUGAAAUUAGUCAUGCAGACUGCUGACCCACAUUUGGGACUUAGGCUGAGGGAAAAGGCAACCAGGAAGUUGUAAAAAAAAAAAACAAAAAAAAAAAAACAUAGGAAGUGGGGAAGUACUUGAGAAGAAAAACAAAAUCUUGAGCUUCUUGUUUUGCUUAAGGGUCAGGGUGGCAUCUCUCUGGCCAAGGUUUUCCCCCCAGACUUAAAUAAAUGGUUUUAUAAACUUACCAACAGCAGGGUCAGACGGGCUAAUCUGCUCGGUCUUGCUGGCAGGGAGGAGACACCAUUUACCCUCACCUCCUUUUCAUGUGAAAUGCCAGACUGACAGUACCUGAGGGCCAGCUCUGGUCAAAUUAUUGUACAUUUGUCAUUUUCUUUCUGGAUACAUGUGGACCUAGCCUAAUACAUUAAAGGUUACUUGACAUGUUCCCAUGGACAACUGGCAUUAGGCUUCACUUCAGAACGUACCAUUCACAAUUCCACACCACGAGUAAACUCCGUAAAUGUAUGACACAUAUAAAUCAUUUUCCCUUUGCGGUGCAGUCAGAAUGACAUUUAGUGAGGUGUUAUUAUGCAUUAAGCACGUGUUAAAGAUUACAGCCUGCCCCCUCCUCCCGGUCACUACAGGUUUCUUUCGGUUAUGUUGCACAGCCGACUGCUUAUGCUGCUGCCGUCGUUAGCCGAGUAUUGAGCUACCAGAUGACCUACUUUCUCUGCUCUGAGCCACUCAGUCCUGUUUACAAGCCACUGCCAGCGGAGGAUGUGGAGUACAGUGCCUGGAAAAUAGACGGACACAGCCCGCAACUAGCAAAUAGCACGAAUGGGGAAUUUGGUCGUGUGGUGUCGAUAAAUUAGGAUUGUCAAAACCACAGACGGCUCAGCGGCGAUUAAUAACAGCACGUUAUUAACUUAGGCGUUGUUAUGCAAUUUAACGCUUUCAGUGUUCUCGCCUGGUCAGUCAGACGCUGGUGGUUGCGCUCAGCUGCUAUGCUGUAGUUUUUUUUUUAUUUAAUUUUUAUUAACAAAAAAUGACUAGAUUGAUUAAAGUUAAGUGUGGAUCUUUAUUUCUGCCGGAGACCCGUUGUCAAGGAUUUGGCAUUUCUUUGGUGGACUCAAGGAGGAGGUGGGCACCCGGUCCGCGGUAGGUUUUUCCAAACGAGUGUUCAGAAGAGGUCAGCGCGGAUGGAACUUAUAAGACUUCAGAAAGGGCCUGGUUGGGAAAGGGUGUGAGUAUGGACAACCUUUCUGACUUCGGUGGCCCCUGUCCAUCCACCCGCAGGGAAUGGGACACCAACAGCUGCGUGGAAGAUUUAAUGGAUGAAGAUGAGAAAGACAGGGCAAAAAGGGCAUCUCGUAAUAAAUCGGAAAAGAAAAGAAGAGACCAAUUCAAUGUGCUCAUCAAGGAGCUAUGCACCAUGCUGCAGGGUCAAGGCCAUCCACGCAAGAUGGACAAGUCCACCAUAUUGCAGAGGACUAUUGACUUCUUGCAAAAGCAAAAGGACAUCACUGCACAGAAUGAAACUUGCGAUGUGAGACAGGACUGGAAGCCAUCGUUCCUCAGUAAUGAGGAGUUCACUCAACUAAUGCUGGAGGCCCUUGAUGGUUUCUUGGUAGCAUUAACUACAGAUGGCAACAUCAUAUAUGUAUCUGACAGUGUGUCUUCACUUAUUGGCCAUUUACCGUCAGAUAUGGUGGACCAAAAUAUCUUGAAUUUCCUCCCGGAGCGGGAACACGGAGAGGUGUAUAAGCUGCUAUCAUCCCACAUGCUGAUGACUGACCCCAUUGCUGCUGACUUCCUUGACAGUGAGGCACAUAUUGAAUUUUGCUGUCAUCUAGCCAGGGGUAACAUUGAUCCAAAGGAGACACCCGUAUACGAGUAUGUCAAGUUUGUUGGAGAUUUCAAGUUUCACAACAAUGUGCCUACAUCUUCCUGUAACGGGCUUGAGUUGACGUUACCAAGAAGCCUGCAGUCAUCGCUGGAGGAGCAGGUCUGCCUCAUUGCUACUGUACGAUUAGUCACUCCACAGUUUCUUAAGGAUUUGUGUAAUGUCGAAGAUCCUUGUGAUGAAUUCACAUCCAGACACAGCCUUGAAUGGAAGUUCCUGUUUUUAGAUCACAGAGCUUCACCAAUCAUUGGCUACUUACCCUUUGAGGUUCUUGGAACUUCUGGCUAUGAUUACUAUCAUGUGGAUGACUUGGAGCUUAUAGCUCAGUGUCAUAAGCAGUUAAUGCAGUUCGGAAAGGGUAAAUCCUGCUACUAUCGCUUCCUGACUAAAGGUCAGCAGUGGAUUUGGUUGCAGACUCACUAUUACAUCACUUACCACCAGUGGAAUUCCAAACCUGAGUUCAUUGUCUGCACUCACACUGUUGUCAGUUAUGCUGAAGUGCGAGCUGAAAGGAGGAGAGCGUUUGGCUUCGAAGAGCUGUCUCCACCGGAGAUAGCUCCCUCUUCAGUGAAGGCUCAGGAGCUGUACUUGGACAUCUGCUCCACACUGGACCCUCCACGGGACAGAAACAACAGUGCACGUUCGGUAUCCUCCCACAGCUCCCGGAAGUCCUCCCACACAGCUCUGUCAGACUCUGCGUCAGCUAACUCCUACACAGAGGCCUGCACACCAUCAUGGCAGUCUGCUUCCAUUGGGACAGAGAAGACAUCUGCCAGACUCCAACCUAGUAGUUCAAAGAAUUUGCCACAAAGACAAAAUUCCUUUGACCUCGUUCCCCAAAUGAGCCUCCCCCUUUCUCCUACCUGCAGCAAGCACUCCGCAAUGCAGCAGCAGACACAGCAGCAGCAACAGCAGUCAUCGCUGUAUCAGAUGCAGCAGCCGCAGCUCUGUGUCAUGAACCAGCUGAAGGAGCAGCUGGAGGAGAGGACGCGCAUUCUGCAAGCUGACAUUAAGACGCAGCAGCAGGAGCUUCACGACAUUAAGGAGAAGCUUCACCUCGCUAAUCUUCAGAUGUUGUUGCAGCAGCCUAUCCACAAUGACUUUGGCCAAGCCCAGCAGCAACAGCAACAGCAACAGCAACAGCAGCAGCAGCAGCAGCAGCCGCCGCCCCAGCAGCAGCAGCAACCCCAGCAGCAGGGCUCGGGCAGACCAGCCCAGCAGAGCCAGUCAGGGGUGAUCAGGCAGCUCUCAGGCCACCCCAAACCACCGUCCUGUGGGGCCCACAGCUCCUCCCCUCACUCGCUCCUGAGAGAGAGCAACUCACCCUCUUCACAGGUCCAGCAGAGGAUGGCGCGGAGCGGGCAGGCCCAGUCAGCAGUGAGUGUUCCCGUGCAGACGAACACAAGCCUGACGAUGCCCUUCUACAGCAACCCCAUGAUGUUCUCCCAGACCAACACGAGGUCUCUGCCAGAUGCGAACCAAAGACACACGGACGGCGAGUUCAGCCAAGAUGGACAUCUACGCAUGCUCCUAAACCAGCCAAUGCAGACGCUGGUUCCCACUAGCAGUGUCACCUCACAGCCUUCCCAAUGCAACAUGGGCAUCUCCCAAACUAUAUACACGUUGGAGCAGCAGAUCAUCGCCCCUUCAUUCUCCAUGCAACAGGUCAACUGCAAUGCUGUCCUCGUGCCCUCCCCAGUCUUCACAUCCUCCAUAAUGAUCCCACACAACAAUCUGAUGACAAACCAGUCCCAGUCGGCCUACCACAGCCAGCCUCAGGCUUCUCAGCACUCCCUGCAGCUACAGCAGCCUCAGCAGUUCUUUCAGAUGACUCAAGGACUUGUACACGGUGGAUCUACUCCAACAUUCUUACACACCGCUAAUGUCCCGCAGCAAAGCACUGUGGGAUACAUCCAGCAGCAGCCACAAACACAGCAAGUGCCGCAAGCACAGCAGCAACAGGCGCAACAGCAACAAAGGCAAUACCAACAUUCCCAAAACCAGACUGGCAGUGUUUCAGACUUCCGAAAUAUGCUGACUCGGUAGCGCUGUGAACUGUGUUACAGCGCUGAGAUCUCCUUCUGUGUUGUCGCCGUGUAGGUGACAGCACGUCAUGGCAUUAGGAAGUCAAACUUGACGUCAAGUUCUACAGCGGGAACGCUUCUAGUGACCUUACCCUUGAUGUGAUGUGAAGCUGCCCGUUCAGAGGGAGCCGGUGUGUAUGUCACUGGAGUGAAAACCACAGGCAGAGGCUGCACUGGCCUGACGUCACCUGCAGGGAUCUGAGGAGAGUCUGAAGUGCUGGACCUUCAUCGCACUCGGGCGACAAUCGAUGAAACUGCCGGAAUAAGUGGAUUAUCAAAGCUCUCAAGAAGACACCACUUUCACGUUUAUAUGUGGAAGUUUUUCACCUAACAGAGUGUCCUUUUAAUUGUCUUUCUGCACUUUGGUACCGCCUCCUAACCCAAAAGUAGAAUAUUUAUGUUUGCCCAUGAAUUAAUUUUCUAUUUUCCUCAUGACUAAUGGCUAAAUAGUGAAAUUAUUUUUCACAUCUGCAGCUCGACACCCCUCCUCAGUGACAUCAAAUCAUCACCCCUGGAUUCUCAGCUCCAGUGAAAAUGGUUCAUCUCAGAAAGGGAUUUGUGUACAUGGGUAGUUUACAUCAAAGAGUAUUUAAGUUGGCAGACACCACACGUAGCUCCCAUUUCGUCCCUAAAACAACGAUUUAUUUACAGGUAUGUUCGCGGCAAAUCAUGCGAGAGAAGCUUUACUGUGAAACAUGGAGUAGUGAGAUGGCCACCAUAUCUAAAAGUCAGGUUUGAUGAACUGGGAAGCUGGGUGGGAGGAAUGUUCUCCAGUGUUUAGAAAGGUCUAUCUAGAUUUUUAAAGCCUCAAUCUGGGAUUUAAGAAGGGGUGCUACAGCUAUCCCACCAGUUCUCAAUGAGAAUGACAAGAAAGCUCUGAAGACCUGAUUGUAGGUGCUUCUGAUGAGCUCUGCAUCCUUAGGUGAAGCUAGCAGAGGGGGAAAAUUUUGUGCCUUUAACCAUGGCAUGUCCAUGGUGCGGUUUGAUGGUUUUUUCUGAUUAUGGCUUUAAAAAUCCAGCUCAGGUCCAUUUGAAAUACAAAGUUAUAUUUUCAUAGGUCAUAACCUAUUAUUUUCCACAUCAGAUUUAAACAAAAUAUGUCUAGAUUUGUAAUGGAUAUAUUACAAAUAUAUAUUGGAUGCUUUUUGCAACCUUCAUAUUACACACACAUUCACAGUAAGCCCCGUUUGAACAAUUUCUAUAAUGGUAGAAUCCUGUAAGGUUCAUUUAACUGCUUACUGAAACAUGGAUGAAAUCAUUUCAUGUUUGUUUAUUGCAUAUAAGAUGGAAAAAAUAUAUGGGAUUAAGAAACUAGUUUUAUACACAAAUAUUCUAAUUGAUUUUAUUUGUUCAUUUAGACAUUGAAAGGUCAACACUGGUCCUAAUGUCUUGCUCACCUGUCAGGGUUAACGGUUCAGUGCAAGCUGUUUUCCUUAGUGCAGUGCACUGCCACUGAUCUGAAUGGCUCUCAGUAGUUUUUCAGAGCUCAGUAACAACAAACUCCUGCAGAGGUGUAAGGUUGUUAAUUUUAUUAUCUUGGAAAAGAGUGAGAAAUGCUUUAGGAGAGAUUCUGCCGCUAUUUGUGAACAGUAUUACCCUGUUUAUUCUGCUGUGGUCAUCCUUUUGUUUUCUUUAUUUGACCAGGUCACAAAAUGAACGCUCGAAUCACGACCAAAUGAGCUUGUCUACAGGUCAACAAUGCAUUAAUUUGCACUAUGAACAUGAUCUCAAUGAAAAACUAAAAUAUUGCUGGAAGAUAUUGUUUAAUUUAAUCCCUGAAAAUAUAUUAACCUCCAGUGCAUUUAUCAUACAGCUGCACUGAUAACAGAAAUUAUCAAUCAGAAUCAAUUUGAACAACAAACUUUGGAGUCCAUCCUGUUUUUUGAGAGACGCAGUUUUAUGUUAGUUUGUCGAAAAAAAAUCUCACUGUGAUAUGUGCAACUGCUAAUCAGCUCUUGUAACAAUCCAUACAGUCAUACUGAGUUUAAAAGUAAGUGCAUGUUAACAUACGUAAUGACUCACCUUGUUGUAUGGUGCGUCUUGAAAGACAGCGUUGACUGAUUGCAGCACUGAGAGGUUUGGAGUGUAAGCCGGAUUAGCAGUUGAAUGAUAUCCAGGACAAACUAAAGAACAUCUACGUGCAUCUCGUUUUUUAUCAGAGAAAAUCAGAGACAACUUGUAACAGUAGCUAAACUGAAACAGGGACCGACUUUAUCAUUUUAAAUUUAAAAUUUUUCUGUCUUUAAAUUUGUUCUUAGGUUGCAUAUUUGCUCCCAGAUAGCUCAGCAGGAAAAAAAAAACUCUUGCAUUUCCUGAAAUUCUCAAAAGGAAAAAAACAAAAACCCAGCCUUUCAUGCUCAGUAUGACGCUUUAGUCUCAGCCACCUCAGCUGUACACAUUCAAGUUAGCUACGUUACAGUCCCUCCUGAGACUGGUGCUGUUCAUGGUGGACGACAAGACUCGACACUUUUAACAUGUACGCUCAGUGCCGCUUUACACGUUCCUAUGUGCAAUGUCAAUUUGAAAAAGAAGAAUGUUAAUUUAUACUGUUUUAAAUGUUUCAAAACAGAUGUACGAUGUAAAUAGAGGUGUAUAAUAAGCCAUUGUACCAUGUAAAUUAUUUUGAAGUAUUUUUUUUUUUUUUUUAAUGAAAAUGUCCUAACAUUCCCUCAGCCGUGGAUAUCAGCAGUACAAGAUGUGUCCAGUGAAGGGUAUGAUUGCAAUGAUUAACAAAGGACUUUAUCUGCACGGGUAUGCGAUGCAGAGUGUUAGGUGUUUUUUCAACAUAAUAGCAAAACUCUGUAGUAAAGGGUCAAAUCUUCACCAUGAUCAUGAAAAAAAGACUAAAUGAAGAAUCUGAAUCCUUAUGUAUUUGUCACGCAGAAUUUCAGACACUUUAACAUGAAGGUGCAGGAACAGCUCUCCAACAACUGUUUUUUUUUUUUAAAAAAAAAAAGGUAACUUUUUGCAAGUUCAGUCAGUUUUGACUCAACUUGCAAAAAGUCCUUUUCCUUUGUUUUGUUAGUUUGAUGGGUUUCAGUUUUGUUUUGGGGUUUGUUUGUUUUUUUGAGCUUUUACGAAAAAGUGCAAUUGUACAUCAUCAUCAGAAUAUAUUAUUUUAUGGCUGAGGGAAGUCUCAGUCACCCUUUAUGUGUUUCUGUACUUCCACAUCUGGUGUAGCAACAGUGAAGUGACAGCUCAUAUGUUCACUCAGCCAGAAACUCAGAGGUGCCAUAGAUAAAUGUAAAUGUACUUUUCUUCAUUAUUCAAUUUCAUUUCAGCCACUGAAUGAAAUCUAAAUACAUUUUUAGAAAAUGUAGAAUUUCAGUCAGUCACUGUGAAACUUUUGUUUUAAGUUUGGUCUCCAUCUAAAUCAAUCAUUCAGAGAUGAUUUGAAUCCAUGUUAAUCUACAAAACAGCUGUUUUCACACUGUUGUUUGCCUUGCUAAGGUGGUUAAACUCAACCGUGAGUGAACCGUGUUGAGAUAAUUCUUGCAUUGUGUUCCAGAUGUGGGUUAAACCCUAAAUAAUUUUGCUUUGGACAAAUCGCCUCCUUCUGCACCAGAUGUUUGGAAGUGAGAUCAUUUUUAGAGCUCAUUUUUAGGUGCGUGUUGCUUCACAGAAGUCACUGUAAAUAACCCAUCUGCUCAGUCGGCACCAUAUUUCUUUGAACUUGCUCUCUCUCUCCGACAUUAUGUUGCUGCACCUUUUUUCUUUGUCUUCAUCUUUCAGAAUGCUUUUUCUUCUUCAUGGGGUUUUUCAUUGAGUGUUUUUGAAGGCAUGUGAUUUGAGUCACAUUUAACUUGUACUUUUCAGAUUUGUAAAAUAACGACUGACACCUUAAAUGUGGAGCAGGUAGUCAGAUCAAUGCUUUCUGCUUUCUGUGUAAGAUUCUCCAGGACAUGAACAAAACAAACCUGGUUCACAGCCAUUUCUGCAGUUUCAGUGCAGAAACAAACAUUGAAUAUAUUGUAUGAUAGAAUGUAAAAAAAAAAAAAAAAAAAAAAGUUUAGACUAUAUAGUUGUUUAUUUUAUAUGUCUAAUAGAUUACAUAUGUAUGUUACAUGAUUUUAAAAUUAAAGUAAUUUUGUAACA